AUGGAUCCCGAGUGGACAGAGAUUGCUUGCGUGCAGCUCAGCUCGUCCAAUGGCGGCCAGGAGGAGCCCGCAGCCACGCCCGUGUCAGCGCUGGCCUUUGACACGACCCAGGAGCUGAUGUGGACGGGCAACAGUGAGGGCCGCGUGGCCGCCUUUUACGGCUCGGAGGUCCAGAGCUACGUGUCGUAUGUCAUGCAGCCGACGACCGACGGCGAGGUGCGCCAGAUCCUGCUCAACGACACGGGCGUGCUGUCGCUGGGGCCGCGAGGCCUGCACAUGGCGCUGCGCCGGGGUCUGCCGCUGUGGAACUGCCGCCACGAGGCCAUGGUCGACAUGUGCUGCAUGGCCUUUACAUCGGCGUCCAUGUCCGAGGUGCUCGUGGCCGGUCGGCAGCCCACGAUGCUCGUGGUGGACCUCAAGGAGGGCGACGUUGUGCGGCAGAUCGAGACGGCCGAGAACUACACUCUCAUGAAGCGCAACAGCCGCUUCAUCUGUGCGGCCACCGUCCACGGCACCGUCGACAUUAUUGACCCGGCGACCUUUUCCGUCCUCAAGAGCUGGACCGCCCACUCCGCCUUCAUCCACGACAUGGAUGUGCAGGCGGACUUUUUGGUCACGUGCGGCGCGACCUUGAAGCAGCAGGGCUCCGUCAUGUUCGACCCGUACGUCAACCUCUUCGACCUCAAGCAGAUGACCUCCAUGGCGCCGAUCCCCUUCCCGCCGUGUGCGGCCUUUGUGCGGAUGCAUCCGCGCAUGGUCACGACGGCGAUUGUCGCGUCCACAUCGGGGCAGAUACAUAUUAUCGACCUCAUGAGCCCGAACACGAGCAACGUCAAGCAAGCGAACAUUGCGUCGUAUCUGGCGCGCAUAGAAAUCUCUCCGACGGGCGAAGCCCUCGUGCUUGCCGACAGCGACUGUUAUGUGCAUCUCUGGGGCUCGCCGGCGCGCAUCCAGUUUACCGAGUACCCAACCAUGAUUGAGACGGAGACGGUCGAGCCGCCGCACAAGGAGACGGAGUGGGAGGAGUGGUCUGACGAGGAGAACGACGACACGCUGCCGUUCAAUAUUGUUGGUGUCCCGUACUACCGUGACGUGCUUCUGUCGGCCUUUCCCAGCCUUGUGUCGGACGUCGGCGCGCCGCCGCCGCGCUACGACCACAGCAUGCUCGAGGCGAUGACGCCCUUUGAACACGGCUGGUACGCACCCAACACAGCGGGCACACUGCCGAAUCAGGUCGAGGACACGCGCAAGGACGAAAACAAGACGACCCAGACCAUCCAGGCGCCCAAGUUCUUGAGCGAGCGGUCGCGCGACGGCGGCAACAGCAGUGCCGCGCAGCCGGCGUUCCCCAACAGCGUCGACGAGAUCGGUGCGGCCCUGGCGUCGUCGGAGCUUGCUAGUCUCGGCCCCGAAGCGCCGGGUAUGUACCGGAACGUGGAGAUCAAAUUUAGCAAAUUUGGUGUCGACGAUUUUGAUUUUGGCUAUUACAACCGCUCGCGGUAUGCCGGCUUGGAGAACCACUUUGCCAACUCGUACGCCAACGCGCUGCUGCAGCUGCUGCGGUUCACGCCGACGAUCCGCAACCUGGCACUGCAGCACGCCGCAGGUGCGUGUCUGGAAGACCAGUGUCUGCUGUGCGAACUGGGCUAUCUCUGCGACAUGCUGCAGAAAGCCGAGGGUGCCACGUGCCAGGCGACCAACAUGCUCAAGACGCUGAGCAGCCUGCCGCAGGCACACCAGCUGCGGCUGAUUGAGGAGGAGAACCCCAACACGCCCAUCACCGAGAUGCUGCAGAAUCUUACGCGGUUUCUGCUGACACAGAUCGCCGGUGACUUCAGCCGCAUGCAGCCCGACUCGACCGCCAUGGAGGACGCGCUGGCUACGUCGGGCAUCACCUACAUGCGGUGCAUGGCCUGCCGAAGCGAGACGAAGCGGCCCGUGUCGACAUACGUCAACAACCUCAAGUACCCAGCGCCACAGCGCACGACGAGCCGCGGGCCCAAGUUCCCCAAGGUGACGUUCUCGCAGGUGCUCAAGUCGAGUGUGGAGCAGGACUCGUCGACCAAGGGCUGGUGCGAGGUCUGCAAGCGGUACCAGACGCUGCUCAACCGCAAGACCAUCACCAGCAUCCCGUCGGUGCUGACGCUGAACGCCAGCGGGCCCCAGAACCUCAACUACCCGGAGCUGCGGCGGCUGUGGGGCACGCCCGGGUGGCUGCCGGACGAGAUUGGCAUCAUUGUCGACACGGCGGGCCAGUUCUUCUGCUACGAAGGGGAGGACUUGAAGCUGCACCUUCAGCGCGGCAUCCACGACAUCAAGGUGUAUUCGCUGAUCGGCAUGGCCGUGAGCGUCGACAAUGGCGGCCAGCCGGCCAAGUCGCACCUCGUCGCCAUGGUCAACGUUGGCUACUCGGAGCCCACGCCGCCGGAGCAGCCGCAGUGGCACUUGUUCAAUGACUUUUUGGUGCGCCAGACGUCGCCGGGCGAGGCGCUGUCCUUCAACACGAACUGGAAGACGCCGUCUGUGGUGCUGUUCCAGCUCAAGAGCGACAACAACAAGAUCGACAUGGAAUGGCAGAGCCGCAUCGACACGUCGGUGCUGUACAUGGACAACGAGAUGCCGCGGCAGCAGCAGCAGCAACAACAGCAGGCUGGAGGAGGCGAGGCCACGUAUCGCCCGCUGUCCCCGACGCACGAGCGGCCGGGCCCCGACACGAUUCUGGCGAUCGACACGGAGUUUGUAGCGCUGAAGCAGCCCGAGAUCGAGAUGAACUCCGAGGGCGAGAUGGAGACGAUCCGGCCCAUGACGCACGCGCUCGCGCGCGUGUCGGUCGUCCGCGGCCAGGGCAUGGACGAGGGCGUGCCGUUCAUCGACGACUACAUCAUCAUCAAGGAGCCCGUGGUGGACUACCUGACGCUGUACUCGGGCAUUACGGCCAGCGACCUCGACCCGCGCAAGUCGACGCACACGCUCGUGCCGCUCAAGCGCGCCUUCAAGAAGCUGUGGGUGCUGCUCAACCUGGGCUGCAAGUUCUUGGGCCACGGCCUGAAGCAGGAUUUCCGGGUCAUCAACAUCCAGGUGCCUAAGGCGCACAUCAUCGACACGAUCGACCUGUUCUUCCUCAAGACCCGCCUGCGCAAGCUGUCGCUGGCGUUCUUGGCCUGGAGCGUGCUCAAGGAGAACAUCCAGCUCGAGACGCACGACUCGAUUGAGGACGCGCGCACCGCCCUCAAGCUGUACCGCAAGUUCCUCGAGUACGAGGACGCCGGCAUUCUCGAGACCCAGCUGCAGGAGAUUUACCGCGAGGGCCGCGACACCAACUUCAAGCCGCCCAAGCGCAACGGCGACGACAACGAGCUGCGCCGUGGCACCGACACGCCGCCCGUGGGCGCGCCGGCGCCGGGCUCGGCCGUGAGUCCGCUCCUCGCGCGCAGCCAGCCGGCGCCGCCAAGCAUUACGGCGGCGGCUGUCACUGUGGCCAAUGCCAUCAGGGAGAGCAACAACGUCCGCACCGCCUCGACCAGGACACCGACCGCCCCGAGCGGUGGUCUCGGUGUGCCGGUGUCGGUCCCACCUACCAGCACGCCGGCUACGGGCAACACCUUGGCGCACAGCGGCGGUGGGAACAACGUCAACGUCAACAGCAGCAGCAGCAACAGCAGCAGCAGUGGUGGUGGCCGGCACUUUAACAGUCGGCCAAAUGCACACGGCCCUCUGCCCGGCGGACGUAUUCAUGGUGCCAACGGCGGUGGCAGUGGUCGUUACCACCCACCGAACUCGUACCGGAACAACCAGAGCGGGCAGCACGACGGCAACAGCAGCAGCAGCAGCAACGGCCACAGCGUGCCGUAUCGUCAAUACCGACGGGGCUAG